AUGAUUCGAAGUUUCGAUAAAUAUUUACAAAGUUUGAAGCCAAAAUACGAUGACGAUAUAGUGGACAGAUGCAACUAUUUACUCACUAAUAUGAUGAUUUUAAUUUGUGCGAUAACUGUUGCUGCAAAACAGUAUGUUGGAGAACCAUUACAAUGUUGGGUGCCGGCUGAAUUUCAGGAUAGUUGGGAACAAUACAUUGAGAAUUUUUGCUUUAUUGAAAAUACUUAUUUUGUACCGUUCGCGGAUGAUAUCCCUAUGAAUGCUACUGAGCGUAACCAACAUAAAAUACAGUAUUAUCAGUGGAUACCAUUUAUUCUUAUCUUACAAGCCUUACUAUUUCUUCUCCCUCGCACAAUCUGGACAAUGUUCAAUUGGCGCACAGGACUAAACAUACAAACGAUUGUUGAUGCAGCCAUUCUGACCAGAAAAGUGGACAAAAAACGAUGUUUGAAACAAAGAACAGAGAAUCGAGAGGAUUCAUUUGCGCAAGCCCAACAAAUUGUUUAUGUGAUGGAUUUUAAUAGAAGGAAAAAUCAAUGUAUGAAAUUGCUGGGUAACUUAUUUUCACGUAUAAGUAAAUAUGGAAUUGAGGGAGCGAACAAUGAAAUAUGUAAAUCCCAACUCUAUAUGAUCUCGAAAGAAAGCAGGUGA